AUGGACAGAGAACCCCGUCGACGUCGCAGGCUCGCUCUCUCAUGCCUGGAAUGCCAGCGCCGCAAGGUCAAGUGCGACAGAAACAACCCUUGUGGUCGUUGCACCUCCUUUAAGAGCCAGUGUACAUACAAGGCCAAUGGUGAUUUGCGGCAGCCUAGGAGUAUGAGCUCGCCGUUAAGCCCGUCGACCAACGCACCUCCACCUUCAGUCCAAGUCGCGCAGUUCGAGACGAAUAGACCGGCCGCCGAGGGUGCAAGGCAUUCCUUUGAAUUCCGGGCCAGGACCAUAGCGCCGGAUAGCUCUCCCAGUACCACUGGCCGCAGCAUGACAGGACUACCCAGCCGCGCCCAAGCUACAGAGCAAGAUAUCCGGGAACUUAUACAGCGGGUACAAAGGCUCGAAGAGUCGUCGGUAUCCAGUCCUGUCAACGGUGUCCAUAGGCCAUCUGAGACCAACCGGGACAUACCGGCUCGCCAGUCCGGGCUCGAGGAAUCUCACAUAAUCUUUAAGAAGACCAGGGUUUCGGAAUGGGGUAAUUGGUUAGGUAUGGCACCAGAGUUCGCAAAGAUCAUCACUUGCUUCCAGGAGGCUACUGAGGGCAACUAUAGCGGAACCUGGUUUCAAGACCCGGAAACAGGGCCUCUGGUCACCCAAGCCUGUAGUCUUAUACAGAAAUGCGGGGCCCUGAUCAGAAGUAUCAAGGCAGGACGACCUAGCCGGUCCCUUUAUCCUGGGUUCAGCCCUGCGCCGCCGUCCCGUGAGGUGGCGGACAUGAUGGUGCCCCUAUACUUUCGAUCGUUCGAGUCGACGUACCGGAUACUUCAUGUACCUAGCUUCUGGGCAGAGUACCAGCGAUAUUGGGAUAAUCCAGACAGUGUAACAACCGGCCAGCGCCUCAAGAUACUUCUCGUCAUUGGGAUUGGAUCGAGUCUGCAUGGACACGGAGACAGAGAUGCAGAGUUCCGCAAUAUGGCUCAUCAAUGGGUGUGCGCUGCACAGACGUGGCUUUCCGGACCAUUAGAAAAGGAUCGCUUGGACAUCACUGGGCUACAAGUCCACUGCUUGACCAUCCUAGCCCGGUAUAUAUUUUCCAUCGGCGACGACCUGGUGUGGAUGUCCAUGGGCUCCCUCAUCCACAGGGCCAUGCAUCUAGGCUUACACCGUGAUCCCAAGCAUCUUCCCGCAAUGCCCGUUUUGCAAGCUGAGCUCCGCAGGAGGCUCUGGGCCACCAUACUUGAGAUGGUGGUGCAGGCAUCCUUGGACUCUGAGAUGCCGCCUAGACUCUCACUCGACGAGUUUGAUACGGAGGCGCCUUCCAACAACAACGACCACGAGAUGGAUGAGUCGACCAUAGUGCUAGAGCCUAACCCCAAGGGCACAUAUACCACGGCAUCGAUGCAGCUCAUCCUGCUUGACUCGUUGCCCACUCGCCUUCGGAUCGUCCAGCUUUUGAACGGAUUGCAUUCUGAACUUUCUUACGUGGAUGUCCUCAAACUGAGCUCUGAUAUCGUCGACGCAUGUCGGGCGUGUAGCACUUUCAUAAAGGAGAACGAAGGUUCUGGCGUGACAGCGUUCCACCGGAAUCUGCUUGACUUUAUCGUGCGGAGGUUACUGAUCCCACUACACGGCCCAUUCGCCAGCAAAGCACGGGCAAACCCUCUGUUCUACUACUCCUACAAGAUCAGUCUAGAUACAGCCAUAGCGCUCAUCUCGCCCGAGCCAGAUGAAGGCUUCUCCCAUCUCAUGGCUCUCGGCGGAGGUCUGUUGAGAGAAGGGAUCAAGGAUUCAGCCACCACAAUCAGCCUUGAGCUCAUUGCGCAAGCCGAGGCCCAGAGCCUCGACGGAACACUAGACCGCAACUCCCAGUACAGAGAGACUUUAAAGCAGGCCGUAAGGGACCGGAUCUCGCUAUCGGUAGUCCGGAUCCGACACGGCGAGACCAAUAUCAAGAUCCAUGCAUACCUAAGCAUGAUCGUGGCCCAUGUCGAGGCAAUAGAAUCAGGAUCUUCGUGUGAGCUCAAGAUUGUACAGAGUGUGAGAGAUAGCCUUGUCUUCUGUCACGGUCUGCUGGAGGAGCAAGCCAGCGCUGUUUCCUUGCCGUCUUCCAACGACAUGGAUAUCGCAACAAGCCUUGAUAGUGAGCAAGAAGGCUUUGCGUUCGACUUUGACCUAGGAUUUUUUGGGCCGGAUGUAGGCUUCCAAUACUGA